UAUGCACCAACAUCCACAACGUCACCAUCAUCUACAUCUUCACCAUCAUCUACAUCAUCACCAUCAUCUACAUCUUCACCUUCAUCUAAAUCAUCACCAUCAUCUACACCGUCACCUUCAUCUACACCAUCACCAUCAUCUACACCUUCAUCUACACCAUCACCAUCAUCUACAUCUUCACCUUCAUCUACACACUCACCCACAUCUACAUCUUCACCUUCAUCUACAUCUUCACCCUCAUCUAUACCUUCACCCUCAUCUACAUCUUCGCCUUCAUCUACACACUCACCCUCAUCUACAUCUUCACCUUCAUCUACACACUCACCCUCAUCUACAUCUUCACGUUCAUCUACAUCUUCACCCUCAUCUAUACCUUCACCUUCAUCUACAUUUUCACCUUCAUCUACACACUCACCCUCAUCUACAUCUUCACCUUCAUCUACACACUCACCCUCAUCUACAUCUUCACCUUCAUCUACAUCUUCACCCUCAUCUAUACCUUCACCCUCAUCUACAUCUUCGCCUUCAUCUACACACUUACCCUCAUCUACUUCUUCACCUUCAUCUACACACUCACCCUCAUCUACAUCUUCACGUUCAUCUACAUCUUCACCCUCAUAUAUACCUUCACCUUCAUCUACAUCUUCACCUUCACCUUCAUCUACACCAUCACCCUCAUCUACAUCUUCACGUUCAUCUACACACUCACCCUCAUCUACAUCUUCACCAUCAUCUACAUCAUCACCAUCAUCUAAAUUUUCACCCUCAUCUACACCAUUACCGUCAUCUACACCGUCACCUUCAUCUACACCGUCACCUUCAUCUACACCUUCACCUUCAUCUACACCUUCACCUUCCUCUACACACUCACCCUCCUCUACAUCUUCACCUUCAUCUACAUCUUCACCCUCAUCUAUACCUUCACCCUUAUCUACAUCUUCGCCUUCAUCUACACCAUCACCCUCAUCUACAUCUUCUCCUUCUUCUACACCAUCAUCAUCAUCUUCACCACCUUUAUCUACACCAUCACCAUCAGUGACAUCACAACUCUCAUUUACUUGUCACCGUCAUCUACAUCAUCAUCCUCAGCUACACCGUCAUCCUCAGCGAUAUCCUCAUCUACACCACCACCCUCAUCUACACCACCUCCCUCAUCUUCAUGUCACCGUUAUCUACACCACCACUCUCAUCUACACCAUUACCCUAAUGCACACCAUCACCACUAUUUACCUCCUCAUCCUCAUCUGCGCCAUCACCCUCAUAUAUACAUCAUUACCCUCAGCUACUCCACGACCUUCAUCUAUACCAUCACUCUCAGCUACAUCCUCACCGUUAUCUACAUACCCGUGA